UCGCCAGCGUUGCCUGACCAAAAAACCGCGGCACUUAAAAUUACAGUUGCUUUUAGGAAGAAAACUUCCAAACAAAAAUUCCAAGAAUGAGAGGGCGCAGCAUGAUGGGAACUCUAAAAUUGCAGAUCAAAACAUUAAUGAUCCAAAAUCAAGUAUCCCAAAUACACAGAAUACAACGAAAGAUGGCUGCACAGAAUUCGCGUGCAAAUAUUGACCAAAAGAAGCUUAUAAAUCCGAUUCCUCCCGAACCCAACGAGCGUGAUUCGGCGAAGCCAUGUGACCACGGAAAGCCCACUGAAAAGCCAGAUAAAUCGAAAGAUGUUUCACAUCAGGAUUCCCAGGGUCCUAAGCCACGUGACCAGAAAAAGUCCACCCCGGGGUUAGCCCCAACUAACACCCAUUUUCAGAUAAGCCCUGAAAAUCCUAAAAUUGAACCUGUAGAUCUCUUACAUCAGGAUCCUCAAGAUUCUAAACCAUCCGACCAGCACAAGCCCAAUAUGGCCUUAACUGAAGCAUCCCCAGCUUAUUCACAGCUUCAGUUGCACGCUGUAAAGCCUAAAGAUGAGCCUGUAGAUCUCUCAUAUCAGGAUUAUCAAGAUCCUAUGCCAUGUAACCAGGAAAAGCUCACGCCGGGGUUAACUGAAGAAUACCCAGCUAUUCCGCAUUAUAAGAUAGAUCCUGAUAAACCUAUAGAUCUUUCCCAUCCGGAUCCUAAUACUCAUUUUCAGAUGGCCCCUGAAAACCUUAAAGAUGAACCUCUAGAUCUCUCACAUCAGGACACUCCACCAAAGGAUUUAGCUAAGGCAUCCCCAGCUAAGCGCUGUUUUCAGAUGGACCUCGAUUUCCCAACAGAUGAACCUCUAGAUCUUUCACUUAAAAAUUCUCAAGAUCCUAAGCCAUGUGACCAUGUGGUCCCUGAAAAGCCACAAGAUAAUCCUCUAGAUCUUUCGCAUCCAAAACGUAACAACGUGGAACAGCUUAAAAAACCGUAUUUAGCUUCAAGAAACUUUAAACCGCUGGGCCCGCCGCCUGAGCCUCAUCUAUUUUCUAUGUCCACCUCAAAACGGGCGCUUAUAAAUUUGUGGAAGGCAUUUACUGAGGAGAAACCUAUUCGCCAGUCGAUCUCUAAUGAUCUAAGCGAUCCCGGCCCUGCGGCCUCGCAUUCCAACAACUUUAAAUCCCAGGAUAGUAACAUGAAAAUUGAUCCUGUAGAUCAUGUACUUCCUGUAUCCACCCCAAAACUGGAAAAUAUAACUUCGUGGCAAGCAUUUGCUGAUGAAAAGCCCAUUAGCCAGCCCGACACUGAUGAUGCGUUAAUUGAUCUCCUAAGCGAUCCCGGUUGUCCGUCCUCAAACUCCAGCUACCCGAAAUACCAGGAUGGUAGCAAGAAAUUGCGUUUUCCUUGCUUGCGGACGCUUGAUCUGUCUCCGAAGAAGGACGUCCACCCAGAAGCCAGUCUUAGUACCUUGGCUACUGAGCAAAUUCCCGACAACAAGGAGGACUACAUGAGGCAGUGGCUCUUGGCCGUGACUGAAUCAAGCUUGUCGGAGGAUCAGAAUCCCAAGGAAUCUGAAGCAGAGCUAAAGCCUCUCAUUGAAUUGCCUGAUAGCGACGACGAGGAGUUGGCCGAUGGGACAAAUCCCUUUGCCAAUGAUAUGACAAAUGCACAGGAACUUCCAAAACUCGAGGUCCUAAGUGCUGAACAGGCGGAGGAGCGAAUGGAUGACUAUAUACAGCGAUUGCGGUUCCGCGUGGCAAUUCCAGAAGGAUGUUUGACGGAUGACAUAUCUAGGGUGGACAGACCCAGUGAUGCCGUCGUCUUGGGCAAGAAGCUGCCUCCCAUGCGUCUGCUGGACAACUGCAAGGAAAAGGAUUUCAUCGUGAUCUCCGUGUGCAAAGUGUAUAGCCCCUUUCAGUUUUGGUUCCAUUUCGUAAACCAGACGCACGACACCGAUAUGCUGGAGGGAAUGACCAGAGACAUGAACACGUUUUAUAAUUAUGAGAAUAACCCCAAGUACGGCAUUCCCGUAUCGAGUUACUACCUGAAAGCCGGCUAUAUUUGCGCUGCAAAACACCGAACCGGGUGGCGACGGGCCAGAAUAUUGAUCACACCGCCAAAAGAUGCCGAAUGGGUAUCCAUUUACUAUGUGGAUUAUGCAUCGGCAGCUGAAAUAUCGCCGGAUGAUUUGAAAUUCUUGCCCCAGUGCUUUGCGGAUACACCGGCACUGGCUGCCCGGGGCACUCUCUCGCACAUCCAUCCAUUGGACAUUCACUGGCCACAGGAUAGUACGCAGCAAUUCCGGCGCUUGGUGUUCAGGAGGCACGUGCACGCCCACGUCAUCGAAUUGGAUGCGGAGGAGGGCAUACUCUUUAUGCGGCUCUCGCAGAACAAAGACUUUGAGUUCUCGAUCAACAAAAAGCUAGUUGAUGCCAAGCUGGCUGGGGAGAGCCAACAUUACACACAGCGGCUCAUCGAUUACAAUUGCGGAAGAAGACUUCGUUACCUCCGAGAACGAUUACCCAGCUUUGAAAUUCUGGAGGCGCGAUUGAUUCCCCUCAAGGACGAAGAGUUUGAAAUGGAGUUCGAUGAUAUCAUAUAUGCUCCCUCCUUCUACAAACAUUACCAGCUGCCCAAGCUGCCGAAUCCCUUUCGUGCUGGCCUCCUGGAAGCGCUGGCCGCUUGGAUGCCCGGCUAUCGAAAGGAUCAGGAGCACUGGUGCCGGAUUUACAGGAAGGCCGAUCAAAAAAUAAGGGAGAAAGCGUUGGAAAGACAGAAGACGGCUCUUGAGAGGUAUGAUAAGUUUUGUGCUAAGAUCGACGAAGAAGAAAGGCAAAUUCUUCGGAAGAACCUUAUGCAUCCGAAGACCAAAAGAGAGUUCAUGCUGUACCUUCAACUAAGGGCUGAAGAGGGUCCAAAGGAAGAGCACACAAAUCCUGUAGAGCAAACGGCUCAAGUAAAUCCAGCUGAGCAUGGAGUGGAAAAAAAUCCACAAGACCAAAGUGAGAAAAAGGUUACAACACAGCAAGUUGAGAAAGAUCCAGAAGACCAAAAGGAGGAAAAGUACAAAGAUCUGCAAGCGGAGGAAAGCGAACCAGAAGACCAAAAGACUGAAGACUUAAAGGAUCUUGCACAGAACAAAAAGGAAGAACAUAAUGCGAAAAAUUAAAAAGGAGAAAUGGAGUCACUGGAGCAGGCAGCCCAAAAACAUCCUGGGCUGAAAGAGGAUGAGCAUCAAAAAGAGGUAGUGGAGUCCAAGGCGGAAGUAGAGCAAAGAGAUCCCAAAGAGAAAAACGAGGAAAUACAGUCAAAGGAAGAAAUUGACCCAAUGGAUCCAGAAGAGAAAAAAAUGGAACCUCCAACAGAGUCCAAGGAAGACCAACAAAAUCCAGAAAAAAAAUAUGAGAAAAUACAGUCAGAAGAGCAAAGAAAUAAAAAUAUUACAGAGAAAGUGGACUCCAAGUAGGAAGUGUACCAAAGAGAUCCUGAAGAGAAAGUAGAUGAAGACGCAAAUAAUGAACAAACCCAGCAGGAUCCAGAAAAGGAAAAUCAGGAGUUCAAAGAAAGGAAGUACAGCCAAUAGAGCAAGAAGAGAAAAUAGAAGAACUAUCAAAAGAUUAAAAACAGUUACAGAUCAAAGAUGCCUUUAAACAUUCAUUGUCUUCCGCAUGUUACUUGUGAAGCCGAUCCCUAAAAUCGCACAUAUAUAUUGAAUUUUACCCACUACCAUUUCAACUUGACAAACUUUCCUUAAUUACCAAUAUGUUUUUGUUAAUCUUAAUGCAGACUUUGAAAAUUAAUUUAGUCACUUAAGUUUAUGUUUAACAAUACAAUAUAUUUUUUGUAUUCAAAAUCAGUCAUAUUUAAAGUAUGAAA